UGGGAUUUCUCUGAAGAAGAGGACCACAUGGUACCCAACCUAACACCUCUUUGGGAGCCUGCAUGCCUUUUAAAAUAUUCUAAAAUUUGGAAACUUUUAGAUCCCAAUUCCUAGUUGUAUUGUGUUGAACUCUUAAAACAAGUCAAAAUAAUCCAGUCCAUAUGCUUCAAGAGUCUAAGCUCCCAUUGUGUCCCCAAACUGGAACGAAUUCUUGAAUCACCUCCUCUGACCUCUUGUAGAGUUUCACUUGUUCAAAAGCACCUUAAAAGUUCCAAUCAGCUCUCUAGAGAUCAUGCUACUUUAAAAGAGUUUGCCAUCAAACAGCUAAGCUGGACAUCGAGGAAAGCCAUUCCCAAAUGUGAAUUUCUAAAUCAUUUCCCUGAAUUUUAGGUUUCCUCUUGUUGCUGUGACUGCCUGACAAAUGCAGUUAAGGACACAGCCUGCACUGAAUUUUAUGACACCACUUUUUCCUACACUGAUCACCAGAAGGCAAUUAACGCACUCCUAUACUAUACUUCACUAUAA